CAGCGCAUUGUACGCGUUCGCAUUCAGUCUGCCCGCGGCGUUCGAGCUAGUCGUGUAUUCAGUUUCUUCUUCGCGGAAGUUUCUUUUUCUUAUUUUCCUUUUCCCUCUCAGUUUCUGGCUAAACUUUUCGCCAGUCAGCAAACGAACGAAACAGAAUACUCGCGAAACGCGGGGUAGAUCGCGACGGUUUCCUAAUCGUCAUUAACGAUGUGCUUGUUUACCUUGUAAGCGCUGCAGCGCCAGCUCCUUCGCGCAUCCCCUAUGGUUGUAGAUGAAAAUUAGCAAAUCCAAGGAAGUAUUGUAGCAAGCUAUAAUCACGAAUUAAGCUGUGGACUAUCAAAUGGACGGGUCCACUGUGCGAACGGCGGACUGUCAACUGCUCCAGUCAUCGAACCAUCAGUCUAACGAGCACCAACAUUUGAAAUUGAACAACAAUUCUGCGAACAACGAAGCCAGUUUGCUGAAUGUCCCGAAACGGAAGCUCUCAGUAUUCUAUCGAUCAUUCGACGUAAUCGAAGCGAAGGAUCAGGAAAACACGCUCGAAUUCCGUCGAGCGUCGAGCAGUCCUUCAGUGCGUCUUGAAGUUCAAGAUGAAGGACCGAAGAAAAAAGAAAAUCAUCAAGAAACGAGUCUUUGCAAGACAGGUUUCGUCAAUUGCCGAUCGUUAAUCGAGACCAGUAAAUUCCUCAGCUGUUCGUCGCCCGGUUGUUUCCGCGAAGUUUCCUCGAGUGAUCCGCAACGUUCACCGACAAAGAAAUCACCCGUGAUGGCGCAGAAGCUGCCGCAACUCAAAGAGAGCGUCGUCGAUAAUCACACGAUCGUUGCCGAGAUUUCAAGUGCAAAACAUGUUGAAUUGAAGGACAACGAAAAUAAUGGGCCAAAAAGCGUCGACGAUAAAGUCGCAGUCUCCGCGGAAGGCAACCAUUUUCAAUUCCCUACCGAGGCCGCGGCGCCGUUCGGUGCGAGUCCAGAAAAUGGCGGGUGGGAGAAGAAGAAUUUCGGGUCCGAACAGGAUCAACAAGCGGAUGCCGCGAGCGAUGGUCUGGUCAAGAUCAAAGAUCCGACGUGUCCGCGGGCGUUUGUGGACGUAUCGGGUGCCGGUCGCGGGAAAUACAUGGCAGUCGGUACCGAAAUGUCGAGCCACGAGGAUAGCUCGAUCGGAUCUGAGAGCGAGGAAGACGCGAUUGAAACGAGCCCAGGAAACGACGAUUCUGAAAGGAUCAAGGUGACGAGAAGCGACGAUCGCUCGCGACCAUCGUCGUCCUUUUCGAUCGGUGAAGUCCCAGGAAAACCGGAUUCGACGGAGGCAAUCGACGGAGGAAAACCGGAAGACCUUGUUCAAUUGAAUCGAGAGAAGCGACAAAGGUUCUUCGCUUCAAGACGAUCCUUGUCCGAGGGCGAUUGCAAGCGAUACCACCGUGCGAGGCGGCAUUGCGGUUGCAGCAAACAGGAGGAAUCUAUCAACGAGCAAGACCAAUUUCAAGCUUUCCCUAGCUUCACGGACAGUCGACUACAAAGUAUGGGCCUGACAAAUUUCGACGAUUCCAAUAACAUGUGCAGUGAAAACCAUGUUUCAUCGGAAAGCGAGAUCGAGCGCAAAUACAUCGCGUUUUCAAUAGGACUCGGUACAGAUAGGAUUACUUUGCACCGAAGGGUAAUGAUGUCGCGGAGACAACGAGACCUAUCGGAACAAAACUUUGCAAAUGAAAUUCAGAAGUUACAGGAAGAGAUAGAGGAUCUAUCGCGUUAUUCGUUGUACACGGACGGAGAGUCAAUGGAAAGAGUGGAAAGGGUACGCCACAGGCUAGACAUAGUAAAGACUUGUGCAUACAGGAUUUCUUCCGCCGCUGAGACGCUUGGAGCUGUUCUCCAAGAACAGAGAAUCUCUCCAGGAAUUUGUAUAGCAGACAAAUAUCUUCAAAUACUGCGUUCCAGGUGUGAAAAUUUGUCCACGGAAAUUGCUGAAAUCAAGCGAAUCUUAUCAAUGCACAACAUUGUGAUCGAAGAAGACUCGGGGGAGAUGUACGACACACCUCUUCAACCAACGCGAUACAGAAAUGGAUCGUCUUUAAAUAAUCGAACAGUGAUGGCUAGAAGGAGAGCAAGCAUUGCAACAAUCUCACUAAAGGAUUGUUCCAGGCAACGUAAUUCUACUUCCGGUAGAGUCACCAUAAGAAGGCCAUCCUGGUGCUCCGAGAUGAGAUGGGAAAACGACAAACAAAAUCGAAAGGAUAGUUCCAGUAGCGUUGUCGAGCUACGCGACAUCACCGAACAGACUGAAUCAAGAAGGAAUUCCCGUGAAGAGAACAAUAAUCUCUUGAGGCAUGACCAAGCCGACAAUAUUGAUAUCACGAAUCGUGACGUUACCGAUGAUGCGAAAGACGAAGAUCGGUUAUCAUCGGCAUCAACAUGUCUUUUAGAAUCUAGAAUAGUCGAAAAACAAUUAGUAUCAUGUAUACGAACAGCCAAACCUCUUCGAAUAACUGGAAAUUUUCAAACAUGGCGACCGAUACUGUGGUAUACAUUGUUUUUCCUCCUUGGAUUUUAUGUAAAUUAUAUCACGUUGUCAGUAGAUGCAAGCGUGGCAGAUAUAUCAUAAUUUAUCCUAUUGCAGCACUACAGUAUUAGAAGCUUGUAAUGAGUGUACCAAAGUUUACAAGGGAAAAUAAUAAAAGACGUAAACAUA